AUGUUGAGGCAAGCUAGGGGCACGGGAACGCCAACCCGCGACAACAACAACAAACACAUUGACGACGACGCCGUCACCAUCAUCAACAUCAGCACAACCACCAUCAUCAUCAUCAUCAUCACCACCACCACAAUUAUCGUCCUCCGCCUCAACCGUGUCCACAUCCUCUCGGACGGACGCUGCUGCAUCACGCACGCGCACACGCACGACAGCCCCCUGCUGCGUCCGCUCUCCGGAUUCUAUUCGCCCUCGCAGCCGACCCCGACGAAAACUCACGCGGCAUCUUCUCGGGCGGCGAAUCUCGUUUCCAAAAAUUCGCUAGCUUGCCUCAAGCCCCGCCUGCCUGCUUCUACCAAUCCUGCCCUCGCCGACGGCCGUUCCCGACAUAGCAUCACCCCAUCCUCCACCAUCCGAUCAUCGCGACGUCCCGUGACGGCGACGACCACUCCCUCAACAGUCAUCUCGAAUUUGUCUUCCGCCCCAAGGACCACGCUUUCUGGUGCACUUUCCGCAACCACCACCCCGAGACUCGCCCGCCCUUCGACGCGUCCACCUUCGUCUCUCUCGUCUGUUAGCUCCUCCACCAACGUCUCGGCAAUUUCUUCGUCGCUGUCGUCGGCUCGCAACGCGACCGUCUCGUCCAGCCAAAAACGCAACGCCUCGACCGCGACCUCCACCACCAACACUGCCACCAAAAAUACCGUCGCUGCUGCCGCUGCCGCCGCAUUUCUUCGUGCACCGCUUUCCCGCAAAGACCACAAUGCGCAUACGGGUGGCAUGACACGCCAACAGAAAACCUUUACCGCUAAGAUGGCCCCCGACAAGGAACCGGCCCUCACCCGCGACAACCACACCUGGCCGCCUCUGCCAUCAAGGGAAUCAAUCGGGCCCCCUCACGCCCAAGAUUGCCGCGUCGACUCAUACGACUACGGCCACGACGCCUACUCCCGCUCCCAGAAUUGCCCAGGCCGCGGGGGCAACGACGCCCUUAGCCCGGCGAACGCAACCUCCCCUAAUCACCAGACUGUGUCUACGCCAUCGCUGAGGGACGAAUAUGCGUCGCCGAUUUCCUCCUUCUUGAGCAAUAAUAUUACGCCGAGAUCGGGAAGCCGGCAGAGCCGUGUCGACAGCAGCCACAACAGUCCCAGCGGCACUCCGAGCCAAGAACGAGACGCGUGGGAUUUGCGAUCUGGCUUGGGGAUCUCCGGUAAUGACAGUGACGCCGGUCCUAGGAGGCCGCUAGCCUUCACCCCUGUGGCGGCUGAUUUAACUGCCCAACACCAUCACGGCAAUCAGUCCAACGCCGAUGCCGCCCCUGCUGCGGCGGAAUCCAAAUUUUCUAUGCCAGCGACGCAAAAGGGGUCCAACAACCGAAACCCCCGCCACGUCAUCGAGAACGCCAUCUGUGGUUUCCACGGCUUCGCGUAUGACGACUGCCAGACUGAACCACGCCGCCAUGCAGCACCAGCCGUCGGUUCAGGCGCAACCGCCGAGGCCCAUCUCGCCAAUCAAAAUGGCUGCCCUGCCUUCGAUAGCGACGCUGCGAGGCUCAACUCAAUCGUCCCUCCCCGCGCCGAAUCGAACGUCGGUCGUCGGUCAAGCUUCAAUUUCCCCACGGUAUCGGCCACGAAGCGGAGGGUUAGUUUCGAGAAUGGGCCGCCCCAUCACAAAGGCCACUCUAGGACGGGGAGCCUCGUCAACACUAACUUCAACACUACCAUUGCCACCACCACUCCCACUGUUGCCAAUAGUUUGACGGUGUCCGACUCGUCUCCUUCAUCAAAGGCCCUCUCUUCACCAGUGUCCGAUGUCUCUACGUCGGCUAGCAUGGGGAGCCCAACGAUGCCAGUACCGCAACCAUUGCAGCUACAACUUCAGACCGUAGAGGAGCGCAUGGGCUUGGAUAACGAACCAAAACACCACGAGGCAGUCUACAGCGAGCUUCACAGCCCAACCAAAGCCACGCACUCGGCCGAUCAUCUUACCGAGCUCAUCGCCAACGCGCGUCGGGAGCGUAAAGUGCAGGAUCUGGAAAUCACCAAUGCGUCGCUCGCGGCCAUCAAUAGGUCCCUCGAGCGACGCCUAAGGAAGCAAACCGCAGAGAUUAGGAGGUACAGGCGGCUGUCACGGGCAGGCAGGCUUUCCAUUGCGUCUGUGGCGUCGACGGCAGCCUCGGAAGGCGCAGUCUCCGAGGCGGGCGUAUCAGCGCUGAGCCUCUCCGAUCUUAGCGAGGAGGAACCCGAGGAGGAGAGCGAAGAGGAGAGCGACUUUUCCGAUACGGAUUCCGGGUCGGAGAGCUUGAGCCCCGAGGCCCGGGCUGCCCGCGACGAACGACACCGCCAGCGGGACGAGCGCCGCCUGCAACUGGACCUGACGAAGCACCGCGAGCUACUCGUGGACAGCCAAAAGAUCAACCAGAGCCUGAGAAAGUGCCUCAACUGGACCGAGGAGCUGAUCCAGGAAGGGCGCAAGGCGCUCGAGUACCAGGUCCGAGUUAGCGAUAUCAAGCUGGGCGGCCGGAUCCUUGUCACCGAGGACGAGGAGGAAGACGCUGCCGCCGAGGAAGCGGACGCCGUGGGCGAUGACGACGUUGGCGAUGAUUUGGACGACGUGACGCUCGACCCGGACGCCGAAGAUACGAUCCACGGGGCCCGGAAUGGGGAAGAGUCUUCCGACGAGGCCCUCUCCACGGCGAACGACGACGACGAUAUUGCUAGACCGCCCUACCCGCGGCUUGCCUCGACCGAAGCAACAUUAUAA